AUGGAGGGCGGAUCGAAGAAAAUUUAUGAUACGGGUCGUCGCGAAUACGGUCAGAAUUCAAAUGGAGUGACCUCACGUCGCGUUUGUAGUUACCAACCCGGAAGCAGCGAGCACAAGUGCGCACCACCGUGCAAUAACUCGGUGAAUCAGGCGUGA